AUGACCUUCCACAGCUCCUUCGAGGGGCCCCUGCUGCAGCUGCUGCCGCUGGACACCACUGCAGCAACUCCGGAGUUCAAGUACACUGCGCGGGAGUGGUACGCGUUGGGGGAGGAGCAGGUGCUGGAGCCUUCGGUGGUGGGAUCGGCGGGAUCGUCUCUGGGAUCGGCGGGAUCGUCUCCGGGCCUCAGCAGCUUCGCGCUCGGCCCCGCGGCCACCCCGCAGCAGCGCGCCUUCGCGCUGCGCAACGUCUCCGUGGACGAGGAGACAGGGGUGCUGACGCUGCGGCUGCGGGACAUCCAGGAGGAGACUGUCUCCUUCCAAGUUGUGGGGACUGGGAUCGUCUCCAGCACCUCCACGAGUGUCUCCUUCCGCGUCGCAUGCAGGGACGGCCACUUCUACAGCGCGGGCAUGUGCAUGCGCUGCCCCACAGGCACUUUCAACAACUUGGCCCUCGUCAAGGAGACUCCCCAAGUCCACUUCUCCAGCUGCAGAAAGUGUCCCCCCAAAAAGGGGACAGUUGCCGAGGGCUCCACCAGCCAGGACCAGUGUCUCUGCGCCAAGGGCUACCACAAGGAACAGGGGCAGUCCGAGUGCACCCCCUGCCCCGCCGGGUGGUACAAGGACACUGUGGGGGACACGGGCUGCACUGGGGGCGGCUGCCCAGCAAAUUCAGUGUCCCACGUUGAAGGCGCUGUCUCCUCAGACGACCGGCACUGCUCCUGCCUGCCGGGCUACUACGCAGUGCACGAGGAGGAGGAGCUGCGGUGCGUGGAGGUGGAAGAGGGACACUUUUCGCUGGGGGGCUUCAAAGCUGUCCCCGUGAAGUGUCCCCCCUUCACCUCGACAAGUGCUGCAGCAGGACUUGCUGCAGACCUGAGCCACUGUCUCUGCAAACCCGGCUACCAGCCCGCAGCCCCCGAGGCCCUCGGAGACCCCAGCAGCGCAGCAAGUUUGCUGCGGCGGUGGCUGCUGCUGCACCCGGCGUACGCGGCGCUCGGAGACAGCCAGGUGUGUGUGGGGUGCGGAAGGAGACACUUCAAGGGCCGGGUCUCCGCGGAGGCCUGUCUCCAGUGUCCCCUGCACUCCUUCGCCAGCAGCUCGGCCCCCACUUCGAGGGACAGCUGCAGCAACUGUCUCCCCGGCUUCUACCCCACGGCCAGCCAGGACCUGCCCUGUGGGGCCUGCAAGCCCCACCACUUCUGCGUGGGAUCCGAUCCCCAAGGAGACACUUUGAAGCCCUUCGCCGGCGACAAAGUCCCCUGCAGCCCCAACACCCUCACCGUCGAACCCAACCACGAGAACAAGUCCCCGCACAGCUGCAUGUGCGCGGCGGGCUACGAGUACGCGGGGCUGGACAGCGUGAACCAAAAGGUGGUGUGCAGGCCCGUGGAGCUGGGAUCGUUCAAGGAGACAGUUGGGAACGUCUCCGGGAUCGAGUGUCCCCCCGGCAGCAACACCGUGCAGACAGCCUCCACCUCCCUCGCAGACUGCGUCUGCAGCGCGGGCUACUACCUCGACCAAAACACCAAAACCUGCGAACCGUGUCCCGUGGGCUACUACUGCCUGGGGGGCCUGGACCCGAAGACGGGCCUGCACCGGAGUCUCUCGAAGUGUCCCCAAGACACGACGACUGUGGGGUCUCUGAGCAGUUCGAGCAGAGACUGUCUCUGCGCGCGGGGCUUUUACCGGCUGGGAUCGGGAUCGGGAUCGGGAUCGGGGGGCGAGAGCAGCAGCUGCAGCAGCUGCAGCGUCAACUCCUACAAGGACUGGAUCGGCAACGAGGCCUGCAAACCCUGCAGCGAGAACUCGGGGACAGACAGCACAGGCUCCACUUCCUCCUCCCAGUGUCUCUGCCGCCCCGGCUACUUCUACGACAGUCUCCUCCGCGAGUGCCUCGCAUGCAAGAGUCCCCGCAGGUACUGCCCGGGCGGCGCGGAGGACUGUCUCCCGAAAGGAGACACUUUGCUGCGCGAAGGAGACACUUCGCUGCAGCGGGGAGACAGUUUGCUGCGGCGGGGAGACAGUUUGCUGCGGCGGGGAGACAGUUUGCUGCAGCGGGGAGACAGUUUGCUGCAGCGGGGAGACAGUUUGCUGCAGCGGGGAGACAGUUUGCUGCAGCGGGGAGACAGUUUGCUGCAGCAGGCAGACAGUUCGCUGCAGAAAGGAGACGGCUUGCUGCAGGAAGGAGACGGCUUGCUGCAGAAAGGAGACACUGCGGACCCCGAGUGCGUCGCGGGGAGGAGACCCUUGCCCCCCGUGGACUGCCCCAAGUACACCCGCAUCAUCGAGGGCUUCGACACGCCCUCUUCCAUCGACGACUGCAAGUGCGAGCGGGGCUACGCGUUCAAGUUCGUGGACGCGGCGCGGGGCGUGAAGGUCUGCGAGGCCUGCAGCGAAGGCUCCUACAAGUCCUCCGUGCAAGACAUCAACUGCAACGGGCUCUGCGGAGUCUCCGCGACGAGUCUCCCGGGGGCGCAGUCGCAGGCGCAGUGCUUCUGCGAAGAGGGCUUUUACUUCGCGGCGGGGGCCUGCCACGCUUGCCCCGACGGGGCGGUGUGCCGGGGGGGACUGUCGGACUUGGCGAUAAAGUCCCUUUUAGGAGACCCCUCGUUCGCGGCGAUCGGGGCGGAGGACCACGUGAAGCCGUACCCGCAGGCGGGGUUUUUCUUGGAGAAGAUAAAGGAGACCCUGGUGUCUCCGUCGGACUGGCGCUUCCUGCAGUGCCCCAUCCCCGGGGCCUGCCUCGAGUUCGGCGGCUGCGCGGAGACCAUGGGGGACUUCCUCUGCAGCGAGUGCCGGCCCGGCUUCACCAACGGCUUCGGGCGCAACGAAGUCUGCAGGGCCUGUCCGGAGACAGUCUCCAACGCGCUGCUGUUCGUGGGGUACCAGCUGGGCCUUUUGCUCUUCAACGUGCUGAUGGCCUACAUGAACGUGGCCGCGGGGUACAACCGCAGGUCCAUCCACUCCAUCGUCAUUAAGAUUGCGACGAACUUUUUGACUUGUCUCUCCGUGCUCGGAGUCGUGGACUUUGCGAAAAUCCGGUUUCCGGAGUGGGUCAGCAGCUUCACCAGCACUGUCUCCGAGUCGAUGACGCAGAAGGACUCGAGCUCGCGCUUCUUCGCCAUCGAGUGUCUCCUUCGGCGGGGCUUUGCCCUCACCUUCGCGGACUCCUUCUUUUACUCCAUGCUCUUCUACGCGCUGCUGCCCGUGGGCCUUCCCGUCCUCGCCACCUUCCUCAUAUUCUUCUGUCUCCGCCGCUUCCAGCAGUACUGCAGGGGCUCCAUCAAAAAGAGACUGUCUCUGCUCGCGGAGACCGAGAAGUUCGGCCUCAACAGUCUCUCCCGCCAACUCCGCGACAAGUUCCAGGAGGACAGGGCCUUCAUGAUGUUCCGCUACAUCCCCAUUCCCGGAGACUCUCCCUGGCGCCGCUGGGCCAAGUUUGUCGAAGACAUGAUCCCCAUUUACGUCACAGUUUUGUUCUUUCUGCACACUGCAACAACCAGAAACAUGCUGAGUCUCCUCGACUGCAGCGUCAUAGACUACGGGGCCCCCCACGGGACCAAGUCCCUUUUGCGCGCCGCCAUGAGUGUCCCCUGCAGUCUCCAGCCGCGGAGCAGCUACUUCCGGUACUUCUUGCUCGGGAUCGUGGGGAUCGCCGCGUGGGGGAUCGGGAUCCCCCUUGUCUCCUUUUCCGUGCUCUAUGCCAACCGCAAGAGACUCAACAGCAGGGAGACCCGCCUCAAGUUCGGCUUUCUCCACAACGGCUUCGUCCGCAGGUUCUGGUACUGGGAGACAGUUGUUUUUGCCCGCAAGCUCUGCGUCUUGGUCAUCUCCGCCCUCAGCAGCAGCACUGUCUCCAACUGCAGCAGACUCUGGCCCGCCUCCGUCAUCGCCGUCAUCUUCAACAUUUACCACCUCCGCUCCCAGCCCUUCGACAAGAGGGGUGGAGGUCGGUUGGGCGCGCAGGCGAUAUCGGGCUCGGACUUUCCGGUGAACGUGAACCUGGCGCUGGCGCUGGUGGUGGGAGUCGCUCUUUUGUUGUUUGCACUCGAAGUUAGCGUGAACUUGGCGUUUGCAUACUUCGACAGUGUGCGCGCCAACAAAACCUUUUUCAAAGUCCCCUUGGUGGGGUUGUUGUUCCGGAGCUUCGCGCGGUGGUCGGCGACGCGGAAGAGCUGGGAGCCGAUCGUGGUGUACGACGUGGAGGGGGACUUGAUUCGGCUGCUGGCUGCGAAAAGGAGACAGUCUCCGUGGAGACAGUCUCCGUGGAGACAGUCUGCGUCGGGGAUCUCGGGGCUGGAGAGACAGUACUUCCUCAAGGUCAUGGCGGAGACACUUGGCUUCGCCGUCGUGCACAUGAGGCUCGACGUGAUCCCGGGGACUUUCCUGGAGUUCGUGUUGCGGCUGGGCUUUGCUUUUCACAAAGUGGAGGAGGAGACACAAGAGUGCAACAAGUCCCUGAACGCCAUUGCGGGAGGAGACAUCUCGAUGCUGGCGGAGUGGUCGCUGCAGCAGCACCAGCGGCUGCAGCGCAGCCGCGGCGGCGUCGGAGACAGAAAAGGAGACACUUCCGACCGCCUCGAGGGCUUCUUCGCCCAGGUCGAACGCAGGCUCGCCAGGGAGACCCGCAGGGCCCGCAAAAGGAGACAGACACUCGACGCCGACAGGCUCAGGGACCUCGAGGCCGGCCUUUCCGACGGAGACACUUCUUCCCGCUCCUCCGACUCCCUCGACUCCCCUCGCGCCUCCUCCUCAGACACUGCCAAGGAGACAGACACCCCGCGCCUCCCCACGCCGCGCGCGCAGCGCCUGCUGUCGGAGCUGAGCCGCGAGGAGCAAAAGGAGACAGCCUACAUCUUCGACAACGAAGUCAUGGGCUGCGGCAUGGCCCUCUCCGAGUUGUACCUGUCUCUUCUCAAGCUGCAGCUCGAAGACGCAGCAACAAUCAGCCAGCAGUACGAGAUCUUCCGCGUCCAGAAGCUCGCCUUCCAGCAAAGGAGACACCAGGCCCUCCAGCUCCGAAACCGCAAACUCCGCCUCAUCAAAGCCGCCCUCCAAACCGCGGGCCCCCAGGGGGGGCCCCAAGGGGGGCCCCAGGGGGGGCCCCAGGGGGGGCCAGGGGCGGCACCGGGGGAGGGACAGGCGGGAGGCGUGGGGGGGGCCCCCCGGGGGGGGGCCCCCGUGGGGGUCCCCGAAAUUGCUGCUCUGGGGUUUACGCCGAAGGCCCUUGCAGGUAUUAAGGAGAAAAUAAACUGUCUCCUUAGAGAGCAGGAGAGACUAAAGGAGACACUUCACAGACUCAAAACUAACCCCGACAGUUAUGAGGGGGAAGAGCUGCAGCUGGAGUGGAUGGAGGAGACACACGCCACGAGCAGAAGCAGCGGCAGCAGCAGCAGCAGCAGCAGCAGCAGCAGGAGGCGGACGCGCGCGGAGACCGAGGAGGAGACACCCAAGGAGACAGAGGAGACAGAGACACCCCAGCUCCAGAGACACUCCAGCAGCAGACCCUCAGUUGGCGAAUUCAGCAACAGCUCUUCAGACGAAGAAGCACAAGGCAAACCAAUAACUCUUUUGGGGGCAGACGCGGAGGCUUGGAUAGAAGGGGACUGGGACUAA